AUGCGUUUGACGUGGAUUAUCGUGAUAGGAUAUUUAUAUCUACGAAAUUUUUCGUUUGGUCACGCUGAGAAUAUCACACAUGCUAACACCACUCGUUUGUGUCGUAACAACUGCAAGUUAUCAUCUGUUGCUUUCCAGCCAUCAGUCACAUUGCCUUCGGAUUGUGGUAGUAUAUCAGCAUUUUAUGGUUGUCGAGUGGAAAUUAACGUCAACUAUACUCGGCAAACUUUUGCUGUUACUUUCUCGGGUUAUAUGGAGAAUAGUAUCGAAAUGUUUGAAGUUGAUUAUGAUUAUUUCGUCGACGAAGGAUUAAAUUUACAUUUCUAUAGAAAUCUCUUUGACAGUACGGUGAUUUUUACUUGUCUAACGGAUGAUCAUUGCACGGAUGAAUAUGCAUCGAUUGUUAUUCAAGGAUUAAUCGACAGUGAAUCAAUUCUUUAUGAACUGCUGCCGCUCUAUUUGGAUAAAUCAUUAGCAAAUCGAACAAUUACUUGUGUCAACGACACCAAUGAUGAGGUGCCAUGUUACGGUGGUUAUUGUGAAAGUAUGGUUCAGGAAACAAUAACUGAUUGGUCAUUUCAUGAUUGUGUAUAUCCAGCAGAAUCGAUUGUAUUGUCAACGACAGAGUUGACCAGUUUAACAACAUUCUUUUUUCAAUAUGAACCGGAAAAUCCAAGUACAGAGCAAGUCAACGAUCAUAAAAUGGUGUUACUUUGCAAUGUGGACUUAUGUAACAGUAUGGAAACGAGAAACCGUGGAAAACUCAUUCUUGACCGGUACAACGAAGCAGCAUUUAGUAUUUUUAAAAGCAAUACUACUACUACAACUACGAUGACAUCAUUGUCUUCAACAACAACGACUAUUCUACAAAUAACAAGUCCAACAAGUAUAUACAGCUCAUCAUCUCCAGGAUUAUUCACCUCUGCUGCUCUCACAACAUCUUCCACUGACGAGAAUAUCCUCUCAUCGAGUAAAGUCUCACGAGAUCUAUCAGAAAACGAGCAAAAUUUCUCUUUACUAGCUCAGGAAAAAUCAGAUUUUACAGUACCUUAUAUACUGAUUCGCUUCGGAAUGAUUCUAAAUAAAGCUCGAAAAACACAUUUAUAA